AUGGUUCCAGUCCAUCCAGACCCUGGUAUAUUCCAUUCCAGACCCGCUGCCCAGUCCCAGCUCAAGUUAGCGCGCUGCUGGGGGGGUCACCAUGACGCCGACGAAAAAGCCCCUCGGUUUCUUCAUGUUUGGCUCGGUGGCGCGAGCCAGACGGCGCUAGGGCGUAACAUCACGGGCUACACGCUGCUCACGCACGACGACCUCGCUACGUAUAAUUUUUCAGAAGAGUGCAAGACGGCGCUGACGGCCACCAUUGCCUGCGCCACUACCACAAUGCACUGGACGUCCCCGGCCUACCGUGGGUCCCUGGGCAACGCGACGCUGCAGGACGAGGUGUGCGACGUUGGCUGCGGUACCUCGCUUGCCUCGUGGUACCAACAAGUCUCUGCUAGCUGCGCUGACUUCCGUUGGCCUUCGUCGGGCGCCGUGCUCGAGAUGGCCGGCGGCUACAUAUGGUACGGCUACAACGAGAGUUGCUCCACUGAUAGCAAGACGGGACGGUACUGCAACGAUGUUAUCGGUGACUUCAGCGUGUUCGAAACGCUCGACGGCGUGCCCGACAGCGAGCUCUGCUCCGACUGCUUCACGGCUCGCAUCCGCAUGAUGCAGCAGAGCGCUACUCGAUAUACAACACGGUCCCGUGGUACCAGCGAGCCCUCAAAGCCCUCAACGCCCGCUGCUCGCUGGCACUCCCCGAUGACCGUCUCGUCGGCCGACGUUGUCGAUGCCGCCCAGGUGGUUGGAGACGUCGUCGGUGGCUGCAGCGGCCUCCCGGUGGGGAUGGAGAUCUGCCUCCCCUUGACGUGUACCACGUAUUCGGUCCUGCCCACGGACAGUUGCAUGACCAUCUCGGGCAUAGCCGGCAUCCGCGACCUCCAGCUCUACAACCGCUGGAUUGACCAGAGUUGCGACAAUCUCCACGAGGCCAAGGCCACGCUGGGUUACGUCGUGUGUAUCUCCCCUGUCGGCGGCGCUUACGUGCCCGGCACAGCGACCGUGUCCGGCACAGCGACCAACACACCGGGUGUCCCCCACGAUGGCUCGGCCGGAACCAGCCCAAUCGCCGUGGCCCCUCCGGCCAACGCCAUUAUCGCCUCGGGCACCAUCAAGACCUGCGGCCGAUGGCACGUCGCCGAGGAAGGCGACACGUGCGCAUACAUAAGCAUGGCAUACAAGAUUGGAUUCGACCUGCUCGCCGGCAUGAACCCCUCCAUCGAGAACAAGACUGCCGAUAAAUCCUGGCCCUCAAUUGUCCCGGGAUAUGCGUACUGCGUCUCCCUCGUCCGGGCCCCGCCGCCUACUCCUCGACCCCCUUACACCCCCAAGUCCCUAGGCUACUGGCUCAAUCCUGAUAAGUCGACCCGAAUUCUGCGGGGCACAGCCUGGGCUAACGACGGCGUAACGAUCGAAACGUGCGCUAAGGAGUCUCUCGAAAAUGGAUACGACAUUGCCGGCAUUGAUAGCAGAUCCUCCCCUCCUACGUGUAUCUGCGGCGACCUCGCGGCCCCCAACACAGCCCGGCUCUCCAAAUCAGCCUGCACCGCCGACGAGGGCAUCAACCUGUAUGCCCUCCGCGAAUACGCCAAGCUCAGCGUGCCGUUCGAACCAGUCGGGUGCUUCGCCGACGCAGCCCUCCUCACGGACGCGGGCGACGGCACUCCCGCUCCCAGCAACACGGAUCCGGUCUCGGUCGCGCGGUGUUCGGCCUUUUGUUUUCCUGAAUAUCCCUUUUUUGGGCUGUCGAACGGCAACACCUGCCGCUGCGGUACGGGUAUGGCCGAAGGCGCGACACCCCUGCCCGAGCUGGAGAACUGUAACCUGCCGUGUAGCGCACGAGGCGACAUGACCUGUGGUGGCGCCGAGGCAACGCACAUUUACGCGGCGCAGGUCAUUCUUAACAACGAUUAG